CCGCCUCGCCGCGCCCGGGCGCAGAGCUCGCCCCGACUCCCUGCGGCCCGGCCCGGCCCGGCGCGGCCCGGCGCGGCCCCGGCCCCCGGCCCCCCCGCCCCCCGCCCCCCCGCGCCGGGUCCUCCCCUCCCCCCGCCCGGCGGCCCCAGCCCCCCGCCCGGGCCGGCUCCGCGCCGCUCUCCCGCCCUCCUCUCUCCCUCCCUCCCGGCCGCGGAGCAGCAUGGCGGAGCCCGGGCAGCGGCCGCGCGGCCGCCCGCCGCCCCUCUGAGCCCGGCUUGGGGCAGCGGGCGCCCCAGACCCGACACCCGCCCUGCCGCGCCCUCUGCCGCACUUGUCCCGCUGCGCGCCCCCUGGAGCGCCGCGCACCCCUGGGACCUUUGCGCUCCCCGGGUGCCCAGCAUAACCCGAGAGCCUUGCGCACCCCGGGAUUCGGUACUGCCCCAGGAACUCAGCGUACCCCUGGACCCCCACGCAGCUCCGGGACCCCCGCGCGCCCCAAGACCUUGCACUCUCUCAGAACCCCUGGGCUCGACCAACAGGGCUGCGCGCCCUGGUGAGGGGCCCCGCCCCGCCCCAGAGGGUCCCCUUCUUCCAACAGACGGAGCCCCGCCCCAGAGGGACCCCCAGGUCUGAUAGGGACAUCCAGCCACGCCCCAAAGGGCUUCCAGCAUCCCGCGGCUGGAGCCCCGCGCUCCAGAGGCUUCUCAGUGCCCAGCUGGGGGCUCCCCGCCCUGCUAAGGGGGUGCCGCCCAGGAGGGUUCCCCGCGCCCCGCGGGCCCCGGCAGGAUGCACGCCGCCCUGGCGGGUCCGCUGCUCGCCGCCCUCCUCGCCACCGCCCGCGCCCGCCCGCAGCCCCCGGACGGAGGACAGUGCCGGCCGCCCGGAUCGCAGAGAGACCUGAACUCUUUCCUGUGGACUAUUCGGCGCCACCCCCCAGCCUACCUGUUUGGCACCAUCCAUGUCCCCUACACCCGUGUCUGGGAUUUCAUCCCUGACAACUCCAAGGCUGCCUUCCAGGCCAGUGCCCGCGUCUACUUUGAGCUGGACCUGACAGACCCCUAUACUAUCUCUGCACUGGCCAGCUGCCAGCUACUGCCACACGGAGAGAACUUGCAGGAUGUGCUGCCCCGAGAGCUCUACUGGCGCCUGAAGCGCCACCUGGACUACGUGAAGCUGAUGAUGCCCUCAUGGAUGACUCCUGCACAGCGGGGCAAGGGGCUUUAUGCCGACUACCUGUUCAACGCCAUCGCAGGCAACUGGGAGCGCAAGAGACCCGUGUGGGUGAUGCUCAUGGUGAACUCGCUCACCGAGACGGAUGUGCGCUCCCGAGGCGUGCCUGUGCUGGACCUCUACCUGGCCCAGCAGGCUGAGAAGAUGAAGAAGAGCACAGGGGCCGUGGAGCGGGUGGAGGAGCAGUGCCAUCCACUCAAUGGGCUCAACUUCUCCCAGGUGCUGUUUGCCCUGAACCAGACCCUGCUGCAGCACGAAAGCGUGCGGGCUGGGAGCCUGCAGGUGCCCUACACCACAGAGGACCUCAUCAAGCACUACAACUGCGGGGACCUCAACGCCGUCAUCUUCAACCACGACACGUCCCAGCUGCCCAAUUUUAUCAACACCACCCUCCCACCUCAUGAGCAAGUGACAGCCCAGGAGAUUGACAGCUACUUCCGCCAGGAGCUCAUCUACAAGAGGAAUGAACGCAUGGGGAAGAGGGUCAUGGCGCUUCUGCAGGAGAAUGAAGACAAGAUCUGCUUCUUUGCCUUCGGAGCAGGUCACUUUCUAGGGAACAACACUGUCAUCGAUGUCUUGCGGCAGGCAGGACUGGAGGUGGACCAUACACCUGCAGGGCAGGCCAUCCACAGCCCUGCUGCUGGGAGCCCAGAGCCCCCUCCUGAGGGGACCUCAGCCAGCCCUGCCCCAGCAACCCCAGCUGCCGCUGUCCCCGCAGCACCCUCAGCGACCCCCACCACCCCACCUGAGGAGGACGACCCAGCCCUGUCCCCGCACCUCCUGCUCCCUGACAGCCUCAGUCAGCUGGAGGAGUUUGGAAGGCAAAAGAAGUGGCACAAGAGGCAGAACAGACACCAGCGACCACGGCAAUUCAAUGACCUCUGGGUCCGCAUCGAGGACAGCACCACCGCCUCGCCACCCCUGCUGCCCCUCCAGCCCACCCCCAGCUCUGGGACUGCCAAGACCCCCUUCCAGCUCUCGGACCAGCCCCAACAACAGGACCCAGCAGGGCCCACCAGCAGCUCAGCGCCCACCCUGGGCCUCCUCCCCACCCUCGCCGCCACCUUUGUUGCCCACUUCCUGCUGCUCAACCUUGGGCCCUCCUGACUUCCGCCACCCCGUGCAGAAGCCAGAGAAACAGCACGAGGGUCUGCGACCCCACCCCACCACUCUGGGGCAGUCCAGUCGGGACCCGUUAGAACACUAGAGCUUUAUUUUACCAGAGUUACAUCUUCUUUUUUGUAGAAGGUCUUAAUUUCCCAUAGUGCUAUGGGGCUCUUUUGUAAAAUAUGUGUCCAUAUUAAAAGAGAAAAAUGUAUUUAUUCUACCGAUAAAACUAUUUUUAUGUGGCCUAUGUUAUAACUCCUGAAUUAGCCCCAAUAUCAACCCGGGGGUGGGCAUGGAUCCCCAGUUGUGGAGACAUCUGUGACCUCAUGUGGACCGUGGCUUUCAACUGGCUUGCUCCUGGAUGGUCAAAGCCUCCUGGCUCUAGCUUGGCUUCUCCCACUGCGGGAGCUCUGAGGGUGGGGCAAGCAAACAGACUUAGCUUUUGUGAAGCUGGAUUUGGGAGCCGGAGUGUGAACGCUGGCCAUCCUUCCCUCCCCUGGAUGCAUCCCGGGCCCUGGAAGACACAUUGAGAAAAAGAAAGAAUGCUGCUAUUUUAAAACCCCUGAGCGUCUGUGAACUGGCCCUCCAGACCUCUCGGUGAGUAUUUCAACCAAAGUGCAGGGGUGGGAGAGAGGAGUCCCCAGUGCCAUGGAGCAGAUGUUACAAGGAGAUCCAAAGAGAGCGAGUUGGGGCUGCCCAAGGUCACGAUGCAAAUGGGAGAGCAAAACACCAGUCUCCAGGCCUCCGUCUGGUGUCAUGGGUCCAGUUUGGGUUAAAGAAGGGCUGUUGAAGACACGGCUAAGUGAAGUGAACGGGGCUAAAAGACAGAAAUGGGUCUAGAAGGCGAUUUCAGGGACAGGGCUCCAGAAGUCACCUGUUACGAUGACAAUGGUAAUGAGAGCUGCCAUUUGUCCAAAUCCGACAGCAUGAUGGGCACUUGGCACACUCACUUCAUCACAGAUCCUCAUGCCAAUGUCAAGAUAUAAUGACCUCCGUUUAACAGAUGAGGAAACUGAGCCCCCCAAAGAGGUGAAGGAACUUGUGCAAGGUCACCCAACUCUAGAUCAGUGUGACACAAAAGUGAUCUCCACCUUGUGGUCCAUGUUCUCUCUGCCCAGAGAAAUUCCAAAGGAGGCAGAUCUCACCCACACUGGGACCUGCACAAGCUUCAAGCUUCCCAUGCCGGCCAAGUGACCAUUUUUGACCAGUUAUUCCUAUUGGUCCCUAUGACCUAAGAGCUCUGGCAACAGCAUGUGCUAUGUGUCCUAUGCCCCAACUUAUCAAAUCUUGGAGCCAAGGAGAGACUUUCCUGCCAAAUCAGAGACUGGGAGUGUGGUAUAACCAGGAGGGACCCUAGAAGGCAGAGCAGCCAGUGGGGACAGGUGGGCAGCUGAGACUAAAAGAGACUUAGCUAAUUCUUCUCUCUCCCAAGAUAGUGGCUCAGGAGACAGAAGACCCAGGUGGGCUGACUCAGCCCUGACCCCUCAGCUGGGCUGGAGGCUCACUAAUCAGAGCCCUAGAUCCUGGGGGUGGAGGACAACUCUCACCUGAUAGAUCAUAAUAAGAGUAAUAGUAAGACCCAGAGAAGGGAGACACUUUCCCAAGGCAGCACAACUGGGCAGGCCUACUGACUCCAGCCCAGUGCUUCCCGGACUUCUCUAUACAUAGGUUUCCCUGGCAGACUUGAAGGUGUCUGAUUGGCCCCAGUGCUAUCAGGCCUAGUUUGACAUCUAUCUUCAUUCUGAGGCAGCAAAAUUUGGGACUGCUUGUUGGAUGACCAGAGGUUCCACUGGCAUCCUGGCAGGCAACUGAAUUCUUCCUAGCUUGGUCCCAAUAAAUGAGUUUGAGCCUGAGACCUGGCAGGAGCUAGGAUCUCUGCUUCAGGGGAUCCAUCCCAGCCCCAUGGGUACCACACUCUAAACUGAACUUGACCUCAGCCAGGACUGGAGUCAGUUUAUGCUUGGCAAAAAAUGUGACUUCCUAUUUCUGAGCAGGAAAGGGCUUAGCUGACUUAUAAAGCAGGCUCAGAAUUGGACAUCAAACGGAUCGUGCAGAGCGCUAUUGGGAUGAGAUAAGUGUAAAGGAAUUAGAAACACACAGGCCAGAUUCCCCUCUGUUUGGGGCAGAGUAUGGCAUGAGAUGUAUGGAGAUUGAGCUUGGGGUUAAUUAAAGAUGAAGCAUUUGAGGAAACAGUCCAGGCACCUGACUGUGCCCAGAUCUGUGCCAGGAAUAGGGCCAAAAAGGUGAAUUAACGCAGCAUGUAAUUACAGAGCACACGCAGGGCCAGGCUUGCUGCACUUGGAGCUGAAUGUAACCUCCCUUCCUGGCCUACAGGAACUCACUGUCAAGAUGGGAAGGGCAGCCCUGUCCAGCUUAUGCUGUGCUGGCCCCUGACUUCAGGCCCAUUCAGCCCUCAUCUUCCCAGAUCCCUCCACUGGACCAUUGGGGAAUUUCAAACUCUUCCUCAACCAGUCAUGUGUUUAAAGAAAGGUGGAUGGGUCAACAGAUUAGGUAGACACGUGCCAGGGGACAGCCAGAGCCAAAGUGGGUCAGACAUCUGGAGUCAAAGUUCGCUGAGCCCCAGGGCCACCAGCUAGCCAGCAUCUGACUUCAGCAACUGAACCUGAUGACUAUGUCACCUGAGACCUGAGGCUCAUAAACAAGAAUCUGCAUGGCUGGGGCACUUGAAUUCCCUCAUCCUGUGCCAGAGAGCCACUGUUCCAUAAGCAGACACUCAGACCUCCGGAACGUUCUAUGCCCCUAGCCUCAUAAAAUGCCCUGUUCCUUUGAGAUCUUUUUGUGUAUUUCUUGGGACUUCCAUGUUGGCCCUUGAAGAAGGUGGGAAAGAUGGAAGGCCUGAGACCCAGCAGACCUCAGGGUAGGCAGCAUGCUUGUGGUGGCCUCAGGUCCCCUAUUAGGAAAGCUGACAGAAUGGCCAGGGAGCUCUCUGGGGCAGGUCACAGGGCCAUUUCUUCUGGUCUUUCUCUGGUGGCUGGUCUGAAGCACCAAGAGCCAGGGGAAGGCAGGGAGAACCCCAUCAUCUGCAGUGGAUACGUAAGAAUCAGACUGCCAGGGAGUUUUAAGAGCAGCCCAAGGACCCUCCAACCCCGAGGGCUAAAGAUCUGGAGUCUAUUAAGAGUGGAAGCUUUGCUGCCUGGGAGCACACUUCCCUUUACAAUGAAAGACCCAGAGCACAUUUCCCUCACACGGAAUGCUCUUCUACCACCUGGCCUCAUCUUGACAUGGGCAAACCUGGGACCUCAGGCCCCUUGUCGUGUCUGCCUAGGCUCCAGUCCAGUGCCACUGUCACAACAGAUCCCAAAGUGGAUGUAAAAGUCCUUUUACCAAAAGACAAGUUUACUUAAAGCAUGAUGAAGGAUGGGAGUUCCACCCAGGAAUUAAAUCUUUGGGAGUAUCCUUGGUGGCAGAGAACAGAAUCAGGACUGGUGAUAGUUUCUGAAGUGACUAUGAGGUAAGAGCCAGAGUCCUCCACCUGUUGUUCUAGGCCCUCCAUGCUAUCUGUCCCACUCUGUGCCUAUCCAGAUGAAAUUGCAUUUGUCAUUUCUAGAAUAAACAGAAUGUUUCACAUGUUCUCCUCCCUAGACCUGGAAACUCCUUCUCUUCCCCCAACAGCUCAUCCUGUGAGGAUCAAUGCAGAGAGCACCUCCUCCAGGAAGCCCCCUCUGGUUGCUUUGUGUUGUCACAGCAUCUGUCACAAUACCCACCUCCAAGUAUUGUGACUCUCACUGCGAAUUGGCUCCUCUGUGAGACCGCAAGAAACUAGUAAGCAGGGGUCACGUGAAUUUGUCUUUGUAUCCUCCUCUGGCACAAAGGUGAUGCUCAGUAGAUGCAGAGAGAGGGAAAGAGGAAGGGAAGGAAGCAGAGAGAGAGAGGAAUGAAGUUAGGAAAGAAGGAGAAAGACAGACUUAGCUCUGCCAGUGGGAGAACCGCCACCAAGUCCAAGCUGGUGGAGGAUGGUGCCCUGAGAGGCCAGUUCCUGUCAGAGGAGGUGUCCAGUCUCCACAGAGAGGAAAUGUGGUAGGCGAGUCAAAGUCUUGGCGCAGGACUGGUGUAGGUGACAUGGAGGGUGCCUCCUGGCUCAGUAAGGCUCAGGUUCUUUGAACAGUGUUAGUUUUACAAAAAUUCAUCUCUGCAGCCAAAAAUAUCACUCUGGCUGGCUGUCUAAACCAGCAGGGUUCAGGACUCAGUCCAGCCUCCCCUCACCCCAUUCUUCCACAGCCCAGCCAGGCCCCCACGAACUGGCAAGGUUGCCUGCUGCCCUGGGCAUGGGAACCUCUGGAAGGUGGGGGAGGGCUGGACUGGAAUCCAGGCCCCCAGCCCCAGCCCAGAGCUUCUUCUCUCCCCACCCCCAACCCUGGAAGGGAAGAGAAGGUUCACAAGAACUUAUGGGGCCCUACCUGGCCUUUUCCAAGGGACUAUCAGCUCUCCACAUCCUUUCAUCAAAAGCAAGCUGGGUUUUUCCUACCCAGAGGUCUCUGGGUACCCCUUUGCUUUGCUGGUGACCUUGGGCAAGUCCCUGCCCCUCCCUGAGCCUCCAUUUCCUCAUCUGUCACAUGGAGAUCUUGCUUCCUGGGACUGGGAUGAGGGAUACAUGAAAGUGAGGUUCAGCCCCUUCAGGCUCAGAGCUUGCCUCCCAGGAACCAUGACUCCCACGUGGGGACAGCACAUGUGGUGGACAGGAAAGGUGCCAGAGUAGAAUGCCUUGCAGACCCCUUCCACCCCAAGUCCUGCUGUAGGGAAAGUGGGUUUUGAACAGGAUCCACGUCUAAGGUGACUCCCAUGAGCUGCCGGAGACAAACAGCCCUUAGACCCCUUGGGUCCCCAGUGGCUGGGAUUAGCAGGAGCCAACUCUUGGCCAAAGGAGGCUGCAGCCCCAAAGAAGGGAAGCCAGAGCCCCUGCCCCUUCCUGAGCCCACAGAGAGUGCAGAUGGCCCCCAGUUUGCCUCGCCGUGCCCAGGAGGGCUUCAGCCCUCCAUGUGUUUGGAAGAUACUUACAAUGUUGUUUGACCACCUCUUCCCUCACCGCUGUGAAUUGUCAUGGAGAGUUCUUUAAGAGUAUAAUAGAAAACAAAGAAAGAUGCUAUUAAUGUUAUUUUGCCAAAAAUAUUUUUGUAGCAUAAUAUAUUAAUAAAAGACA